AUCGAAACUACAGAAGACUAGUUUAAAUACGCUGCUUCCGUAACAAAUUAUUCACGUGAGAGAGACUGAGAGAGAGAGAGGGAGUUGCGCUCUUCUCCUCCAUUCACGUCGAGAUAAUUUCUCAAAAUUAGGGUUCGUUUUCUCUUGUGUUGGUUAACUGUUCCAUCUCCAUAUCUUAAUCUAGUCUCUGUCAAUUUAUUGAAUCUGCUCGGAAAUUCCAAUUCUUUCUUCUAGAUUCCACCUCAUCUCAGCUCAAUCCCGAUUUUUUUGGAUUAUUCCGAUUUAGAUCUUUGCAAGGUUGAAAAGCUGAAGCCUUUGUAACUCUGUGAUGAUGGCGUCUUUGAUGAUCUCGUAGCGAGAAUGCCAGGCAUUCCUCUCGUGACUCGUGAAUCCUCUUCCUGUUCAAGAAGCACAGAUCAGAUGUGCAAUGAAGACUCUCGUCCGCCUAAUACUGCGGAAGAGGAGGAGAUCGCUGCUGAAGAGAGCUUGGUAGCGUACUGCAAGCCUGUAGAGCUAUACAACAUUCUCCAGCGUCGUGCUAUUAGAAAUCCCUUGUAUCUUCAGCGAUGUUUGCAAUACAAGAUUGAAACAAAACUUAAAAAGAGAUUACAAAUGACUGUGUUCCUUUCGAGCACGGUAGAUUCUGGGGUACAAAUUCAAAAGCUGUUCCCUCUGUAUAUUUUACUGGCAAGACUCGUUUCCCCUGAGCCUGUUGCAGAGGAGUAUUCUGCAGUGUAUAAGUUCAGUCGAGCAUGUAUCUUAACCGGUGUCGUGGGGGUUGAUGGAGUUAGUCAAGCACAAGCCAACUUUCUUCUCCCUGAUAUGAGUCGACUCUCCUUGGAGGCGAAAUCAGGAUCACUCGCUGUCUUAUUAAUCAGCUUUGCUGGUGCGCAAAAUUCUCAAUUUGGCAUUGAUUCAGGCAAAAUCCAUUCAGGAAACAUAGGAGGACAUUGCCUAUGGAGCAAAAUACCUAUGCAAUCGCUCUAUUCAUCAUGGAAUAAUCAUCCAGACAUGGACUUGGGACAGAAAGCAGACACAGUCUUUCGUGUUGAAAUGCAGCCUUGCUUCAUAAAGCUACAGUCUAUGAGUGAGGAAAAGUGUGUCUCGAUUAAGGUUCCCAGCAAUCCCCUCACCUCGAGCUCGCCACAGCUAGUGGAUGUCACCGUAUCUGCAGAAGAAGUUGGGCAAAUGGAAAAAACGGCUUAUAAUUCAUUUUCAUACAAUGACAUCUCUACCUCUUCAUUGUUGCAGAUUAUCAGGUUGCGAAAAGGGAAUGUGGUUUUCAAUUACAGAUACCAUAACAACAAAUUGCAAAGGACUGAAAUAACUGAAGACUUUUCUUGUCCAUUCUGCUUAGUAAAAUGUGCCAGUUUGAAGGGCCUGAGACUUCACUUGCCAGCAACCCAUGAUCUCUUCCAUUUUGAGUUUUGGGUAUCUGAAGAAUAUCAGGCUGUAAAUGUCUCCCUCAAGCCUGAGACAAUGAUCUCCGAGAUUAACGAGGACGUCCCUGACCCGAAGAAGGAAACAUUCUGUUUCUUUUCAAAGAAAGUCAGACGUAGGAGGCAAAAGAGUCAGGUACGGAGCUCAAAGCAAGGGCAGCAGCUUGGAUUAGGCUGCGAGGUGCUAGAUAAAACUGAUGAUGCAGAUUCUGUUAGAAGUGAGAAGAGCCAAAUGCCGCCGGUAAAGCAAUCGGAAAAAACCGUUGUUGCUGAGUCGCCUGGUCAAAAAGCUCCUCCUGUCACGAGUCCUGCAGAUGUGCAGUCUUGUGGUGAGCCAGAUAAUGUGCAGUCGGCAGCUGGAAGCACGAUGCUGCAGUUCGCAAAAACGAGGAAGCUAUCUAUAGAACGGUCGGACUUGAGGAACCGUAGCCUACUUCAGAAGAGACAGUUCUUCCAUUCUCAUCGAGCUCAGCCCAUGGCUCUAGAACAAGUACUGUCUGACCGAGAUAGUGAAGAUGAAGUUGAUGAUGAUGUGGCUGAUUUUGAAGAUAGAAGGGCAUUUGAAAACUUUACUUUCAUUCAGAUGCUUGAUGAUUUCGUUGAUGUGACUAAGAAUGAGAAGCAGAUGAUGCACAUGUGGAACUCGUUUGUGAGGAAGCAGAGAGUACUAGCAGAUGGUCACAUUCCAUGGGCAUGUGAGGCGUUCUCAAGAUUACAUGGACCCAUCAUGGUUCAAACACCGGACUUGUAUUGGUGCUGGAGAGUGUUUAUGGUGAAACUGUGGAACCAUGGCCUUCUUGACGCCCGAACCAUGAACAACUGUAAUGUCAUUCUCGAACAGCUGCUCAUUGAAGACCCAUAAAUUAUUGUUUUAAGCAGACGAAAAACAAAAAGUGUAAAACAUUGAAAGAAAAAUGAGAGAGAUGAUGAGUUUUGUUGGAACUCAUUUUUAACUUUUGGUCCUUAAUCCUCUUUCCCUUUCGGUGUUUUAAUUUACAUUUUUUUUAUUCAGGAGUUUUUAUUUUGCUUUACAGUUUACAUAAUAAAUUUGGUGAUAUUACUUUUGUCAGAAAGAUAUUUUACCAAUAUAUGGUAAUAACUAUUCA